AUGGCCAAUCCGGCAGAGAGAUCUAUUGGUACACCGCAGCGCAAUGCUCCCCAAACUGUCAUGAGCCAGUCAUUGACGCGACCAGGUGCCGCAAAACUAAAGCUUGGUCAGUAUCGCCGAAGCCCUUUAUCAUCUGCCGAUGACAAAAAACAAAUCGCUACCGGACCCACUGAUGCUACUGCUACAGCUUUUAAACAACAUCUAUCGAAUGGCAAAUGGUUGCCAGGUAACCGCGCCCCAGGUAACCCUGCGUCCAAGGACAGCUCGAACCGACAAAUGACAAUCCAAACCACGACUAGCGAUGGAAUUUCUAGUUCUGCAAUAUUGCGACAAAAACUCUUGGGACUGAGUUCAUCAAAAGCUGCUGAACCAAAUGCUUCCAGUGACUUAUGGGUGACGGAAAAGCCGGAGGUUGUGCCUACAAAGCCAGCUUGGCCUAAGAGGGUUUUGAUGUCGCAAAGGUCAAAACCGAAAACCCAGAACACUGUUUCGGCUAGUCAAAAGGCUCAAAAUACCAGCGAUACCACUGACGAUGUUCUGAAGGACGUUGUGGAACCGUUUGCCACGUUUUCGUUGCAAGAGAAACCUGACUGUCCGAAAUCGCUGAAGGACGAUCCGACACCUUUAAAUCUGCUAUCCGUAAAAGCCACCGGCAGCUCGGGGUUUCACUUCGUCAGAGAGAGCUAAGUGUCCACGAUAACCAACGUGAAACUUACUGUUCUGGUUUUGUAAAAUAUAAGCUUUGUUUUUCCGGGGAAGUCCCAUACCCAAAUCAACUGUGAUAUAUACAUUGUUCUCCUGUUUUUACUGCGCUUUUUUUGUCUCUCUGUGAGAACUGGAGUAUGCUGGAGAUAUGAGGCCGUCAUACGAAUAUGAACGGUAUCCAUAAUACAAUGAAUUAUUGUUAAUUAAUGACAAA